GGGGGUAACUGCUGGAAAUUUGAGAGCAUGAAAGAAGCAGUAGGUGAGCCAAACGAAAUGCCAUGAACCCAAGGUAUAAAGUGACUGAAGAAAUGCCUCAUUUAUUUCUGCGCUUCUCUCUCACCAUUAUGUUAGAUGAAAUAGCAGACAGUCACUGGUUUGGAUCAGGUCCCUGUGGUAUUUAUUUGAAUGAAUUCAGGAGACCUUUGUGCCCAUUAAAAGCCCUUUAGCCUCCUAUACUUGCAUGUGCCACAUGGGAGUGAGUAUUCCAUUUUGUUUGUAUCCAACUGAGAGCACUUUUAGCUAUCUGACAUUAUCCUGAAAAUGAACCUGGUAACAAAUUUCAGGUAGUAAAUAGUUUUGGCUGGUUACAAUUGAAUCUCAUAAGGGUAAAGUAACUACAUUCCUGCAAACACAUGGAUGUGACCCUUAAGAAAAAACCACAACAGAUCUGGGCAGCUUGACGUUUACUGCAGUGUCCCUCACUGAGCCUUUCACUCUGAGGCCGGUAGCAAAGCGGCUGAGGGAAACUGCCGAGGGGCGGAGUUGUGCUACAGAAGGGGGAGUGGCUUCCUACUCGUCUGUCUCCAGAGCUGGCUGUGUGUGAGAAUGCGGGAGCGAGUCAGAUUUGCAGAAAGCAGGAUUAUGUCGCUGUGCGGCUGCUCGCGACUGUAAAUGCCCGCUCUCCGGCUAACAACCAUAUCUCCAUUCCCUGCUGGAUUCUACUGCCAGGAGUCUCUCAGCAUGAUUGAUAGCAGCAAGCAGCAGCAGCAGCAGGGCUUUGUGGUCAUUCUACCUGCCACUGCCGGAGAUUUGGAUUCAUUGAAAGAGAAGGAAUGCCUCGAUCCCGGCAGCCAGAAAAGUCUCAAGGAAGUUCUCCAGCUGCGUCUUCAGCAAAGGCGGACAAGAGAGCAACUUGUAGAUCAAGGCAUCAUGCCACCAUUAAAGAGUCCGGCUGCAUUUCAUGAGCAGAUUAAAAGCUUGGAACGUGCCAGGACUGAAAACUUCUUGAAACACAAGAUUCGCAGCCGUCCUAACCGAUCGGAGCUCGUGAGGAUGCACAUUUUAGAAGAAACCCUGGCAGAGCCCUCUUUGCAGGCCACUCAGCUGAAGCUGAAAAGGGCCAGACUUGCUGAUGAUCUCAACGAGAAAAUUGCUCAGAGACCUGGGCCGUUAGAGCUGGUGGAAAAGAACAUCUUGCCGGUAGAUCUGAGUGUUAAGGAGGCAAUUACAGUCAGCCAAACGAACUUACCUGAAAACCUGGACACCCUCUCAUUCGAUGAGGAUAGCAGUGAUGCUUUGUCUCCUGAGCAGCCGGCCAGUCAGGAGUCUCAGGGGUCAGCGGCUUCUCCUGGUGAGAUGAAAACAAGUGACUCCUCUUCUCCUGUCUCCAACACUACUAUCCAGUGCCAAACUGUAAGUUCACCUCUUCCGGAUUUCUUUAAACCUGUGCCUACUGCUGACCUCACUACCCGAUCCCCUCUGUCCUGCAUUGUCUCCAAGCCUGGCCCAGCUCUCAUUAAGCAAACCCAGCCCAAGCACACUGAGAAACCCCGCAGUAAGAAGUCAAAGGAUCCUAAGCCACGGGUAAAGAAGCUGAAAUACCACCAGUAUAUACCACCCGACCAGAAGGGCGAGAAGAUUGAAGAAGAGAUGGACUCCAACUAUGCCCGUCUCCUGCAGCAACAGCAGCUGUUCCUUCAACUGCAAAUACUGAGCCAACAGCAUCAACACUACAACUUCCAGAAAAUCCUACCAGCACCACUAAAGUAUGUAGCGCCAUCUAGUGGAAGAAUGUCCCUGAAAAAACAAAACAGCGUAAACACGACCACCAGCAAUGGGAGUACCAGCACUCCUUCUGUCCAGUGCAGUGUCAACAGACAGAAUAAUAUUCCUUCUAAAAAAACAGGGCCACUGCCUUCCAACCUGGAUGAUAUGAAGGUUGCUGAACUGAAAAUGGAGUUGAAGUUAAGAGGCCUGCCUGUGUCUGGCACAAAAAUGGAUCUCAUUGAACGAUUGAAGCCAUUCCAGGAGUUUAACAGCAAUGGUGUUGCCCCAAGCAGUGCCAACACGGUGACUAUCACUACUGCUGCCUGCAGUACAACAGAAGAUCCUACGCUCGCCUUUUCCACAUCCGCAUUCAUGAACUCCAGUAGCCCAACACCUAGUGUUUCUACAGACAUUUCUGUUGUUUCAAUUGGCAACAACCAAAUGGCAGUAGAUGGCAUUAAUUCACCACUGCCCAUGUCUCCUGCACCCUCAGAACAGUCCAAUUUCAGUUCAGAAGACACUAACAUAACUGACACUUUUGCUGAAAUUAUGACAAUGAUGUCACCAUCCCAGUUCAUGAAUACGUCGCCUUUGAAAGUCAAUGUAAAUGAGGACAGCAUGGGAGCAACCAAUGGAAACUCCCCAGUCAUAGAAUUGGAUGCUGUAGAGAAAGACCGAAAACUUCAGGAAAAAGAGCAGCAAAUCGAGGAGCUAAAGCGUAAGCUGGAGCAAGAGCAGAAGUUGGUGGAAGUACUGAAGAAGCAGUUGGAGUUUGAGAAACGUGGCCAACAGCAGCAGCCAUGUUCUAAUGUCCUGCUAAAAAUGGAACCAAAGCAUUUCAACCUGCAGAUAAAAGAAGAGACUGCAGAACCUGACUGUCAAAACUUGAGGCAACCUGUUAUGUCAGGUGGGCAAAUAAUAGGGCAAGCUGCUGCUGCUACCAUUUCCCAGAAUAUUAUUGCCAACAAUGCGGUUGUUAUUAAGCAUGAGGUACCUUUAGCCAAACCUGAGCAUCAGAAUGUUAUCCAACAAUUUUAUGUAACUUCUCAGAGGCCUCCUCAGACUGCAGUGAUGGCACAGCCCCAGGCAUUGCUAGCCACACAAACAGCCCAGCUUCUACUUCCAGUCUCCAUCAAAGCCGCCAAUGGAGUACAGUUGUCUAUGGUUCAGGCACAGCCGCAUACUGUAAAUCCAGCUCCAGCACAGCUCUCCACUACAGCAGCUGCCACUACAACUCUGGUUCCAGCCCUACCACAACAGCCACCACCUCUGGCACAAGACAAAUUCACACCGCACUUGCUGAAUCAGAACCAGCAAAUCAGAAAGCUUUGUCCGACUGCAACAUCAGGCAACGUGUUUUCCUACCCACAGAAUCUUGUUACUGCAGUUCCACAAUCCUUCAGUGCUAGCAUAUCAACCAGUGCCCAGCCACAAAGAGCUGCCCAGGUUACUGCUGUGCAGAAUGGUCCCACAUCUCUUCAUGAGCAGUCGUCUACCCCACCCCAGCCCCAGCAGUUCAUUGUGCAGCAGCAUCCCAUGUUCAGCAGUCCUACCACCACUAAAUCCAAGGACCCUCCCCGCUAUGAAGAAGCCAUAAAGCAAGCUCGCAACAAUCCAGCAUCACAGCCAGAGGUAUCUAAUGCACACAGCCAGCAGAUGGAUGACCUGUUUGACAUUCUCAUUAAAAGCGGAGAGAUUUCCCCUCUAAUUAAGGAAGAGCCGUCGCCCAUAUCAAAGAUGAGACCUGUUACUGCCAAUGUGACCACUAUGCCAGUGAACACUGUAGUAUCAAGACCGCCUCCGCAAAUCCAUGUAGCCCCACCUCUGUCUCUAGAGUCAACCAACAGCUUGUCGGUUAGCUUAGAGAGCCAAUUAGAAGCCUUCUUGGAUGGAACUUUACCUUCAGGAAAUAACAUUCCGCACCUCGAAAGCAACAGUGAUGACAGAGAAACGUUUUCACUCAUAGACGACCUCAACAAUGAUCUUCUCCAAAACUCUGCCAUGCUGGAUCAUGAAUCUACUCCCAUGGAGACCACCGAUACUCCGUUCACAGCAAACAGCUGCUUAUCUCUUGAUCUCACUGACAACAUGGAGUGGCUGGACCUUACCAUGCCCAAUUCUGCAUCUUCACUAAACCCUCUAAGCUCUACUCUCCCGAGUAUGUUUUCCACUGACUUCCUGGAUUCCAGUGACUUACACUUGCAUUGGGAAUAGGGCUUCACAUGAGGGUUGCCUCUUUCAUUUCAUUUUGGUAAAAGGCUUGUGUGCAUAGUCUGCACCAAACAGCCGAGAGAUCUGCAGUCUGCAGCCGCUGGAGUUUACUCUCAGAUCUCCUGUCCUUAUCAAACCACUACAGGUCACCAUUGUAGGCAAGACGUUCGUUCUUGAUGGUAGGUCAUAUCUGUACAAAAGUAGGAAAUUGAAUGAAACACAAAAACGGCAAAGGGACGUGUACUCUCAAGUACAAAUAUAUUGCAUAAAAAUUGCAUUUAAUGUGUAGAAAAGAAAAAAAAAUGUCAAAUUUUGUUUCUAUUGACAAAACUGCACUUGACUGUUACUGUGAGCAGGCUGAGCCAAUGUACAUUCAUUCUGAGACAGAGACCACUGGCUGGUUCAGUGCAACUUCACUUGGGAUCGAACUCUGACUAGUAUAUAUAUAUAUAUCUAUAUAUAUAUAUAUAUGUGUGUGUGUGUGUGUUUUAACCUGUAUGGCCAUUUCUAGAUCCCUCGUAUCAAAGGAUGAUGCUUUGCUUUGUUUAACCAACAGCUGUAAGAUCCAGUGGAAGACUGAGCUGUUAUAUUAUUGAAUACAACAGGCUUCUCUCUCUCUCUGUAACAUGUUUAUAAUGGAAAAUUGGGGGGGGGAGAUAUUGGUUGCACAAAUAUAUUUUUAUUUUAUUCCUCUAGGAAGCUGGAGUCUGUAAAAUUGGAAACUGAAUUGUACAGAGUUUAUGAAUGUCUUUGUUUUUCUGCGUAUUACAGAGGAAACACGAGGAAGCUCUUAUUAGCCACUUCUUCUAAACGAGCCGUGGUUUCAAAGAAAUGAGGAGAGGUUAAUGUAGGCUGUAAAUACGAUGUAUAAUCCUCAUAGCUUUGUCAUGAAGACACACACAAGGAAUAUAUUUUAUACUGAAUCACUAUAUACUGAGAUAAAUUUGUAUAAUUCCUUAGGAUAAAUGGAAUGAAAAGCAUGCACCUCUGUUAUGUCUCCUCUCUCGUGUAGAUAAACUUGUCAUGAUCUCAGCGCAAAAUAGCGCUAAUGUUUGUUGGAACAUUUUUCAAGUAAAAUUGUUUAAAACACCAA